AUGCAGCCAUAUUAUUACGUUUUGCCCCGGAACGCCGCUUGGAAACUUGACAUGUUCACUGGAAUUGUCGAAGCUCUUGGAACUGUUGCAGAGCUACAACAGCACGAUACCUCAAAGUCGGGAGGAAAUGGUGUCUCACUGACAAUCACAGGUGCCAGUUCCAUCUUGGGCGACUGCCACGACGGUGACUCCAUCGCCGUUGACGGCGUCUGCCUGACAGUUACUGAGUUUGACAACGAUUCGUUCAAGGUAGGCAUUGCACCGGAGACUCUGGACCGCACAAACCUCGGUAAAAUCGCCAAGGGCCAGAAAGUUAACCUCGAGCGUGCUGUGGCUGGCCACGUUCGAUUCGGCGGCCAUUUUGUCCAGGGUCAUGUUGACACCACUGCGGAAAUUGUCAAUAUUGAGGCCGACGAGAACUCACUGCGGUUCACAUUCAAGGUCAAUGAUCCGAAAAUGCUCUUGUACAUUGUCGAGAAAGGCUUCAUCGCCAUCAACGGUACGUCCUUGACGGUGACCGAAGUAGACGACGACAAGAGCACUUUUGGAGUCAUGCUUAUUGCCUACACCCAAGAAAAGGUCAGUAUUGCUCUCAAAAAUGUCGGUGACACUGUCAAUAUCGAAGUUGAUCUUAUGGGCAAGCUUGUAGAGAAACAAGUGAACGCAGCAUUGAGCAACAACAGCUCGUUUCUCGAUAAAUUAGUCCAAAAACAUGUCAACAAGGCUCAGUAG